UUGUGAGGGCGCUUUUUGCAAUAGCAGAAUGCAUGUCGAUAGACGUCAUUUGGUUUUAAUGGCCUACAGGAAAUUUGGCGUUACAAUUCGGGACAUUAGCGAGGGAGAGGAAGGACAGGAAAAAUCUCUGCGUGAAAACUAUUGAAGAAUAUCUGUAAAUGCAACAUCUUUUUAUUUAUAUACACUUUAUCAACAAGUUAUAGGCUACUGCGCCUGAAUAAUCGCUUUAGAAGUAGAGAGCAGGGAAGAGAGAAUGAGAGAUAGAGAAGGAGAGGAAGCAUGCCCUGUUUUACUUAUUUAGAGAAUGAAAAUGUAUGCCUUGCUGAAAAUGCCUAGGGAAAUAUUACAUCAGACGAAAUGACAAUGAUUAAAAUCUGAAUUUUUUUCCUUCUCUAAGUCUAUUGAGCGACGUGACACUUGCCUGAUACUGAACAGCGUCAAACCGUUAUCCCCUGCAAACCCGAACUUUAAACCGUUACGAGCGCUGAUCUAUUUUUACUUUGGCGGAAAAUACGAAAAACAUAACACUAAUGACUUGGUGUUAUCGUUGUCACCGUCUUGGGAACAGUGAGAGAAUAUCACGUUUUCAUCUUAAAAAUUAGCCUGGGCGCAGAGCAGGGCUGAGCUAAUUGUAGCCUAAUCCUUGCCCCAGAGGCGUUUGGGCAGCCCGGAGCAAGAAUUCUUUUUUAGCUCGGCUCUCUUAUUUAGAGACGGAUUAUUGGCUUUCUUCUUCUCAUAACAGACCCGGCAGAUUCAUUUUAGCAAAAAGACGGUCAAGAAGCUAAAAUACGCAGCAGGAUCCGACCAGACGAAAUAUAGUAUUUAGAAAUAAGAACAGAAAAGGGGGAAGGAGAGAUCUCUUCUAUGUUCAAGGAAGAGAAUAGAUAGGCUCGUCUCAAGGAAUGCUUGUGUAUUGGAUCGCACUAGUUUAAGGAAACUUGGGGCAUUUGAAAGGGAGAACGCAACCUUCAACUGGCACCGAUUGAAUCUGGCUGGGAUAUCUUCGGACUCCUACAAUGUUUGAAACGGAAGGAAGAAGCAUGUCACGUCUGUCUUUGACCCGGUCCCCGGUAUCUCCUCUGGCUUCGCAAGGGAUCCCACUCCCGGCGCAGCUCACUAAAGCGAAUGCACCGGUGCACAUUGACGUUGGUGGACACAUGUACACCAGUAGUCUGGCCACUCUUACCAAAUACCCAGACUCCAGAAUCAGCCGGCUGUUUAAUGGCACGGAGCCUAUUGUCCUGGACAGCUUGAAGCAGCACUACUUCAUCGAUCGGGACGGCGAGAUCUUCCGGUACAUUCUCAGCUUCCUCAGGACCUGCAAGCUGCUCCUACCUGAUGACUUCAAGGACUUCCACCUGCUGUACGAGGAGGCGCGCUACUACCAGCUGUCUCCCAUGAUCAAGGAGCUGGAGCGCUGGAAGCAGGAGCGGGACCAGUGUCGGGGGGCGCAGCCUUGCGACUGCCUGGUGGUGCGCGUCACGCCCGACCUGGGCGAGCGCAUCGCCCUCAGCGGCGAGAAGGUGCUCAUCGAGGAGAUCUUCCCCGAGACGGGCGACGUCAUGUGCAACUCGGUCAACGCCGGCUGGAAUCAGGACCCCACACACGUCAUCCGUUUCCCGCUCAACGGAUAUUGCAGGCUCAACUCUGUGCAGGUUCUGGAGCGGCUGUUCCAGAAAGGUUUCAGUGUGGCGGCAUCCUGUGGCGGUGGCGUGGACUCCUCCCAGUUCAGCGAGUACGUCCUGUGUCGCGAGGACCGCCGCAGCCAGUGCAUGAACACCCCCAUCAGGAUAAAACAGGAGCCCCUGGACUAGGGCAGGCUGGGGAAACGAGACUGACCACGCAGGGGGCACGAGAUCGCACCCCUGCCCCCUGACCUCCCUUAUCCCCAGCCCCUUAUCCUCACCCACCCAGCUGACCCCCUCCUACCGGAACUCCCCUGCUCAACCAAACGUAAACUAGCCCUCCGUUCUCCUCCAGAAACUUUCCCAGACUCAAACCACCUGAGGGCUCCCAGACUCCUCAGAAGCACACAAGCUCUGUGGAGCGCCCUUCUACAACACGGAAUGUAAUCUUAACAGCCGAGACGUCAACAUCAACACAGACAAACAAACAGAAGAAAAUCAUCACAGAGAGACGAAGAAAAGGCAGAAGUCUGAUUUUGACCAGAUUUUACAACCCAAAGAAAACGCGCGCACACACACACACACACACACACACACACACACACACACACACACACACAUGCACGGAGACGCCGCAGAAAUUGUGAAUAAAGUGGACAGAGGCAGGAGCACUCUGGGAAUUGUUCUGGCCCCUUUUUUCUUUUCUCAUCAUGGACUAUGGUGCCCAAAAAGGUGCCUGUCUGGGUAGGAGUGGCACAGGAG